UUGUGGGAGAAGCCGCAGCGCCGCCUCUUCUCUCGCGUGCUCGCAUCCGUCGCCGCCGCCUCUUCCUCCGCCUCCUCCUUCGCCUCUUCCUGCCUCCUCCCGGCUUCCGCCGCCGCCGCCGCCCCAGCGCAUCCCAGCCCCCGGGUGCACCGUUUCCUUAUUUAUUUCCGUUUUCUCGCCGCUACAGCCUCCUGACUCUGAUCCGGGCGGGCCCCGCAGGAAUUUUACCCCCUCUCCGGCCUCACACUAGUAUCGCAUGUCCACUAUCCAGAACCUCCAAUCUUUCGACCCCUUUGCUGAUGCAACUAAGGGUGACGACUUACUCCCGGCAGGGACUGAGGAUUACAUUCAUAUAAGAAUCCAGCAACGGAACGGCAGAAAGACGCUGACUACUGUUCAGGGCAUUGCAGAUGAUUAUGACAAAAAGAAACUUGUGAAAGCUUUCAAAAAGAAAUUUGCCUGUAAUGGUACUGUGAUUGAACAUCCCGAAUACGGAGAGGUUAUUCAGCUUCAAGGUGACCAAAGGAAAAACAUUUGCCAGUUUCUCUUGGAGGUUGGCAUUGUCAAGGAGGAACAGCUUAAGGUUCAUGGAUUCUAAAAUGAACCUAAAUACGUGGAGAAUUUCUUGAAUAAUUUUGUUCUCUAAACCCAGUCUGGCUGCCUUGUGAGAUGAUUCUCUGCAGUAAAUGGACUUUUCAUUUAUUUAAUCAUUCAAACUUCCAUUCACAUCUGCAUGAUUCCAGAAAACAUGGGGUAUGUAGGCUAGUAACACAUAAGAAAAUUGCGGUAAGAUGGUAACACAGCCCCGUAUUCAUCUUAACAUGUUUCCAAUGGAAAAUAUUUUGUUUUGAGUGUUUAUUUGUUACUGUUCAGUUUAUUACUUUUCACUUGAUUAAAUGUUUUUUGUUGUAUUAAACCAUGUAUGUUGCAGCUUAACAAUAAAAAAAAAUACGAAUCCU